AUGUCUACCUCUACAAAGCGACCAAAGGUCUUUGCAUAUGCCAAGUUUGAUCUCGAUGCUCUUAUUCUUCUCGCGACAAGACUUCGAGGUCAAUCAUGCACUGUAGACACUUCGACAAGGCCCAAAGCUGGUAGUACGCACUGGGCCAUUUUCAUCACUUUCGAGGAUGGUGUCGAAUGGCCACGGAGAGGACUGAGCGCCAUUAUCACCGAAGAAUCUGCGUCCAAGUUGCUCAUCAGCGAGGCUUCGACUCUGAAGUAUCUGAGAGCCCUGGGUUCAAUACUGGUACCAGAAGUGUUCUCGUUUAGUGGAGAUGGUGACAAUGACAUCGGAGUGCCGUAUAUCCUCAUGAGCAAGGCUAGUGGCCGUCCACUGUCAGAUUAUGACUGGAUUGAGUUGUCUCAAAUAGAAGGGUAUCCAAACAGACGCCCUCUUCUACCCAUGACAGACCGAGAUCGAGAAAAGGUAAUGGCGCAGUUAGGAACCCUCAUGUCCCGUCUCUCGGGCACCCAUUUCGACAAGAUUGGCUCGCUCUUCCAAGACAACAAGGGCAACUAUUUCGUUAGCGAAUGCCUAAGCGCCUCUCUCAUCUGGCAGCACAGAGAUGAGCUAGAAGGCGUCGACCGAGGCCCUUUUGAUCAGGAAAGCCAGUAUCUUAGGUCCCUGAUAUCUGCCUUUACAGCUCAUGCUGAAGAGUUCUCGCUCAGCCCUCAUAGUUUCUUCGCUCCAAUACCUGAUCCUUUCGAAUAUCCGAAUUGGGCAAGCUAUCGCAAGGCGGUGGACAGAUGGCAAGCUUUCUGCUCUAUUGGUGAUAAGAUUGAGGGCAAUAAGAACCGGCUUGACUUUUGCAUUGCAGCUCAAUUCUUGACCGAAAUGGUUCCUCACCUUGUCUGGGCAGAAGAACCGUUUGUGCUCUGCCACCCCGACCUUCACCGUGGGAAUAUCUUUGUCGACGAGGACUUCAACAUAACGUGUAUCAUCGACUGGAGUUCUGCUUCGGCGGGCCCUGCAGCAGAGUUGCUCUCCAUUCCAGGACUCAAUGGGUCGUUUUCACCGCCUAAACCGUCACUCGUUGCAGCUUUCAGAUCUGGAUUUCGUAAUGGGAGCCAAGCCUCGGGGCCUCAGCAAUGUAAGAGAGCUGACAAAUUGUGGUAUUUUCUGCGACUGGUUCGGAUGCUCUCCACACAAGACUAUGCUCUCUUCAAGUCGUUGUUUGAUCUUGUGUACAACAAGAAUUCAGGUGAUAUUCCUCAACUCUUUCAUGACAGGAGUAUGCAAGAGUCUGGUCAAGCUCUAUUGGCCAAGCUGUGCCAAGGUGACUCUGAAGAGGAAGAAGAUGAAACAACACAAAAAGAUAAUAAUGACGGUCAAACGAGUGUUUCUGUCGACGUUAUAAUUGCAAGAAAACUUACACUGAUAUCCGAAAUGAACACCAAUUUGGUUGCAGACAAGAGACUUUGGCUAUGGAUCGAGAACGUCUUAGAAACGCUGGAUGUAUAA